AUUUUUAAAUUUUUUUUUAAAUUUAUUACUGAUUAAGUUUAUAAUUUGAUUGAAUUAUUUUUGAUUGUGUCAUAAUCAAUAGCUCAUGUUAUUUUAGUGCAAUCUAUGGAAGAAAUGUUUAAUAAUUUUUUAAAGAAGAUGGAGGAGCAAUCCUCCCGAACACCAUCAUUGUCAAUGGCAGCAGCUGCCACAACUCCUGCAACAAUAACAACAACAACAACAACAACAGCAUCUUCGUCAUCAUCUGCUACAAGUGCAGCUGCUGCUGAUUUGUCAUAUGAGGCUUUUAUAGCCUACAGGAGGAGUCAACCAGGACCCAUAUCCUACAGGCCCCAUAGGAUAUGGGUCUCAAAUAAUGGGGCAGAUCUCCCCUCUUUUCGUUGGGGGAGAAGAAGAAGAAAUGGGAGGGGGGUGGGAGGGGGGUGUUACGUAUAAUUAUAAUUAUAAUUGAUUAUACAAAAUAUAUACAAAUAAAUAAAAUAAAAUUUUACAAUAAGCACUGUUGUUU